UUAUUGGCCAGGACCCGCCUACCUUGAAUUUACGUUUGGUUGCACGCAGUAUUGCAAUUUCACUUUGUUUUAUUCUACGUUUAGCGUGACUGAAGGCAAACAUUGAUCCAUUUGUAGGGAUAGUCUUACUAUACUUGUGAGUUUAAGCGCUUACUCUGAUUUGGGUAUCUGUGCUUUUUUUUUCUUUUCUUUCUCCACGCUCGCUCGCUCGCUCGCCCGCCUGCCUUGCUAUUUGAGCAGAGCGGAUUCUACAGUCGAUUUUCGCUUCUCCUGCUUUUUCUUCUCCCACUGGAAGUCACCAUUUCAACGUUUACGCUGUUCCAGCAUAAUGUCAAGACCAGUAAGGAACAGAAAGGUGGUGAACUACUCUCAAUUCAACGAGUCUGACGAUGCAGAUGAGGAGUACGGUGACUCUAAUCCCAAGAAGGUGCGUAGUGCGGCACCCCGUGAGCUGAAGCACAAGAGCUCCAAGAAUUCACAAGAUGAAAGUGAGGACUCUGAGGACAAACUCUCCAAAUCCAAAAAUGAUUCUGCUGAUGACUUUGGUAGUGACGACGAAGAAAAUGACUUUGGCGAGGAAGAAGACGGAGGAAGCGAUUAUGAAGAAAAGAAAAUCAAAAGAGGCAAGAAACCCAAGAUUGAGAAGCCGAGCAGAAGGACACCGAAAAGAAAACGUGACACAGAUUGCAGCGACGACGACGACGACGACAAGGAUCUCAGCCGAAAGCGAACGGUACGUCAGGCCGCCUCCAAGGCUGUGUCCAAACAAAGAGAGAUCCUUCUGGGCGACGGAGGCAGUGAGGACGAAGAACACGAGGACCAAGAGGAACCCUACCUUGAUCCUGAUGAAUCUGGCAGCGAUGAGGACUUUAUGGCGGAAGAUGACGACGACAGCGACUACGGUCAAUCCAAAAAGAGAAGCAAGAAGGUUAUUCGACGAGGCCGAAUGGACAAGGAGAAGAAAUCUCCCAAACCCAGAUUAAAGGCUACAGUCAACCCUAGCCCCAUGAAAGUUAAGGGCAAAGGCCACACCACCACCAAGGCUUUGGAAAAGAGUUCACCCAAAGAGGAGGAAGAUGAUCCUGAGAGUCCCUUGGAAGAGGAAGACGAAGAGGGGGAAGCUGAGAAGAAAGAAUCCUCCCCUGCCCCCAAGAUGACAAAGAAAGGUGCCGGAGAGGAGCAGCAGCAGCAGCAGGAGGAAGAGGAAGAGGAGGAAGGUGGAUCGGAGGAGGAAGGUGGAUCGGAGGAGGAAGCCCCCUCUGGGGAAGACUAGAUCAUUUCUCAUACGCUUUUCAUGGUUCAUUUUGUUUUUUUUUGUCCUCUUGGUGGCCUGGAUACAUGGUUUGGACUAGAUGUGCUUGACUUCUGUUUUAUUCCCCCCUCUCUCGACUCACCUCGAGCAUGGAUCGCAGCCGACCGACCCAUACCAUCAUCGUCUGAUAUCACACGUGAGCCAUUCUUUUGACUCUUCCUUCCUUCCUUCCUCCCUCCCUCCCUUCCUCCCUCCCUCCCUCCCUCCCUCCCUCC